CAAUAUUUGUCAUAUCAUGGGGAAUUGUCAUAUGUUUCUAGUGUUACUGCAAUUUGGAAUUUUGGUAGUCAUAGGCAAACCACAAGUACCAUGUUACUUCAUAUUUGGAGACUCAUUAGUCGACAGCGGAAACAACAAUAACCUCGCGACUCUGGCUAAAGCCAACUACCUGCCUUACGGGAUAGAUUUUCCAAAAGGUGUUACAGGAAGAUUCACUAAUGGUCGAACCAUGGCAGAUAUGAUCGGUGAAAUACUAGGCUUUGAUGAGUUCAUUCCAUCAUACGCCAGUGUAACUAACGAUGGACAGAUGAUCCGAGGUGUAAACUAUGCCAGUGGUGGAGCUGGAAUUCGAUGUGAAACUGGAAGCCAUCUGGGUGAUAGAAUUAGCUUGGACAGACAAUUGUGUAAUCACAAGACAGUAGUUUCGAGGCUUUUUUCCUUGCAUCGAAACACGACAUUCACCAAUGAGUACCUUGGCAAGUGCAUAUAUGUUGUCAAUAUCGGAAGCAACGAUUACAUCAACAACUACCUACUACCUACCAUUUACACCACGAGCAGUAAGUAUACACCACAACAAUACGCAGCAAGCCUCAUACAACAAUACUCUAAUCAACUUAAGAAUUUGUACAACUUGGGUGGUCGGAAGAUUGUUGUAUUUGGUCUAGCCAAAUUAGGAUGCGCCCCAGCUGAGAUAUCCGUCUUUGGCACAGAUGGAAAGCGUUGCGUUGAGUCAAUCAACGACGUGGUUAAGUAUUUUAACGACAAUCUUAAGCCUCUUGUGGAUGAGCUAAACCAUCAUAACCACGAUGCGAAGUUCACCUUCAUCAACGUUUCACACAUUUCAAGACUACAAAAAGCUGUGCCGUUUGCAAAUAUUCCUUGUUGUGAAGUGGGGGCUGAUUGGCAAUGUGACCACACUACAACUACUCGCCAUAUUCGCGCAUUGUCUGUUUACUAUGACGGUUUUCAUCCUACAGAAUUCGCCAACAAUAUCAUCGCAGUAACGUCAUAUUUCGCCCUGUCACAUAUGGAUGCUUCUCCAUAUGAUAUUAAUCAUUUGGUUCAACUUUGAUACUCACAAAC